AUGCGUCACUCGUUUAUUUCGGCAUUGAUUGCCGUUGGUUCCGCCGUCCAGGCUGCCGCGCAGCUGAACGGAAAGGUCGGACCUCUCACUACUCCUUCAGCCAAGGCUGCGAUCAAGACUUGCAACAUUGUCGACUACGGUGCGAAGGCAGAUGCCAAAACUGAUAAUGGUCCGGCGAUUCAGAAGGCUUGGAAUGAUUGCAGAACCAGUGGUGGUGAAGUCUACGUCCCAGAGGGCGACUACGGUCUGGGUACCUGGGUGACAUUGACUUCUUCGAAGCCCAUGUCAUUUCGUCUUGAUGGAAUUAUUUACCGCAUUGGCACCGAUGGAGGCAAUAUGUUCAUGUUCAAGCACCUGGAGGACUUUGAGUUCUACAGCAGCACUUCCAAGGGAGCUAUCCAAGGUUAUGGAUAUGAGUUUCACAAGAAGGACGAAUAUGGCCCCCGUAUCCUUCGGUUCGCCGAUGUCAAGAGCUUCUCUAUCCAUGACGUUGCUCUGGUCGACUCGCCCGCAUUCCACUUCUCUAUAGAUACCUGCUCCGAUGGCGAAGUUUACAACAUGGCCAUUCACGGAGGUAAUCGAGGUGGUCUCGAUGGUAUCGACGUCUGGGGAACCAACAUCCAUAUCCACGAUGUUGAAGUCAGCAACAAAGACGAGUGCGUCACUGUCAAGAACCCCUCUGACCACCUCUUGAUCGAGAACAUCUUCUGCAACUGGUCUGGAGGUUGUGCCAUGGGCUCCCUGGCCACCGACACUGAUAUUCACGAUAUCGAGUACAACAACAUCUACACCCAGCGUUCUAACCAGAUGUACAUGGUCAAGUCCUAUGGCGGCAGCGGCACCGUCAACAACGUUGCUCUCAAGAACUUCGCUGGCCACUCCAACGCCUACACCCUCGACCUCGAUGCCCAGUGGAGCUCCAUGAAGCCCAUCGCCGGCGACGGUAUUCUCUACACCAACAUGACCUUCUCCGGCUGGUCCGGAACCUGCGCCGAUGGCCAUCAGAGAGGACCCAUCAAGUUCAACUGCCCCGCUGAUGUUCCCUGCACUGACAUGCAGGUCGAUGACUUCACUGUUGGAAGCAACAAGGGCGAUACCGUCGAGCACGUGUGCAAGAACGCUUAUGGUUCUGGAGCUUGUCUCAAGAAGGGCGAUGGCGGUGCUUACACGACAACGCAGACUGUCGACGCUGCCAGCGCUGCCACUCCGACCAUGGAUGGAGAGAUUGAGAAUGGUCUUGGUCUUACUGUUUCCAUUGCGAUUCCUACCAUCCGACCUUCCUUCUUUCCUGGUGUCGCUGCCAUCAGCCCUCGCAUGGCCGACGCCUCCAAGGCUCAAGCUACCGCUCGUGUAGAGACUUCCGUCCCCACUGAGGCUGAGACCGCCGCUGACACUUCUGCUGUAGCUGAUGUAACUGCUCCCAUCAACACUUCUGCUGCCUCUAGCACCUCUGCUGCUGUCAACGCUCCCAACAGUCUCCUCCCCGAGGAACACUCAACUCUUGAGACUGCUGUAAAGGCUUCCAAAACUGCAAAGGCCGCUGCUGUAACUUCGACUGUGCUGCCAAAGAUUCCCUCUUGCAAGGCAAAGAGACGCCGAAGUAUUUAA